AUGGACCCCUACUCGCCCGAAGGAGAGCUCAUAAACAUCCACUCGGCCUUCCAUGCCGGCGCCUACCAGCAAGUCCUCGAUUUCGACACGUCGUCCUUUUCCGCGUCAAAUGCGCUGCCCGUUCGCGUCCUCAAACUCCGCAGCCAAAUCGCGCUGGGCCAAGCACAAGCCGUUUCCAGCGAGCUCGCAUCCGAGAAGACUCCAGAUCUGGUCGCAGUAAAGCUGCUAGCAGACUGUGAGCAGGGCAAAGACGUAGUGGACCAGGCGAAGAAGCUGGCAGAGCAACAUGGACAGGAGAACCUGACAGUGCAGCUUUGCGCGGGCAUCGUCUUGGAGAGGGCGGGCGAGACGGAGGCUGCGCUUGAUGUGCUGAGCAAGCACCAGGGCAGUCUGGAUGCCGUAGCACUCAUUGUACAGAUUCACCUCCAACAAAACCGCACAGAUCUGGCCGCGAAAGAGGCCCAGCGCGCACGGAAAUGGGCACAAGACAGUCUGCUAGUCAACAUUGCUGAGAGCUGGGUUGGCAUGCGCGAGGGCGGCGAGAAGUAUCAGUCCGCAUUCUACGUCUUCGAAGAACUAGCCACAACCGCUCAAUCCACCUCCCCACACUCGCUCGUCGCACAGGCCGUAUCGGAAAUCCACCUCGGCCGCCUCCCAGAAGCCGAAGCCGCUCUCCAACAAGCCAUUUCCAUCGACGGCACCUCGGCCGACACAAUCGCAAACCUCAUCGUCCUCAACACAUUGCUUGGAAAGAAGGAAGAGACUGAACAACUAAAGUCACAGCUGCAAACCUCCGCCCCACAGCACAGGGCAGUCGCAGAUUGGGCGAGCAAGAAGGCCGAAUUUGCCAGUGCCGCCGCAAAGUACACACCAAAGUUCGAGGUUGCUUCAUAG